AUGCUGGGGCUGAGUGCCGUUGUCGCCAUUGCCGCUUCUGGCGCGGCCAUCUUCGUUGUCAUUUCGGUGGUCAGUAUAGUCGUCUGGGUCAGAUAUCGCAAAGAACGUCAUGCAUUGGCACUGCUUAGCUUCAAGCAGGGGCAAUAUACAAAGGGACUGCAGUCGUUCCCAGUGGAUACUUUGACGGAGUUGAGCCAGGCGGAGGGAAGUGCUUUGAGGACGCAUGGUCAGCUUCCAUAUGGCAAGCCAAGUGAAUGGGGGCAAUUGACCUCGCGAGAGAGUUUGCUUCGUCCGAAGAACAGCUCUGAAUCUUCGUUCCCUCUCACGGAGAAAGCUCGUUCCCUCCGCAACUCUCUUUCUCGUUCUCGAUCGAAACGUCUGUCAAAGUCUUCCCACAAACGUAUGAGCUCUUUGGGAACUUUGGGUGAAUCAAUUCAUCUUCCCAGUCCGCCUCGAAAAGCAUCGAUUUCCAGAGAAGACGUUCCUCUUUCGGCUGUUGAAGGGGUUCUUGAGCUUCCAGCAGAGAGAACCCCCCAGCAAACACCAGAUCCCAACGAAGAAGAUACUGGCUUCCAUCUCGGGAUGCGGCCAGUCUCUCCCGGAUGGCCGUUCCCAUGGCCAAAGGAGCGAUCAGGGCUCUUCCCUGUGAUGGAAGAUCAUGAUUCUCAUCACGCCUUCGAUCCUCCAACCAUGAUCUUCGAUGAAUCUCCCCAGCGCCUGCGAGGUGGAAGCAUCACCAGUCAAACCGCGGGUAUGGUGCCACAUCACUCUAUUCCUCCCCCACCACCAACGGCAUAUCCGCCAGACAGGUUCAGUUAUGCUCGCAACGAUUCAGUCUCGCGCAUGUCUUCCAUGAGUUUGGAUACUACAAACAGCUCAAUUUUGGACGACGGCAGAAAUGGACCCAGGUCGGCAGAUACUGAUUUAACUUCACCUAUCUUCUCAUCAGGUGGCACGUUCGUUCCCUUCAGUGCAGCUGAUGUAGGGGUUAAGGAUGGCCGCAGGAGCUUCAUCGCGACAAAUACCUCCAUCCCACCCAUGCAUAACUUCCCUGUGCGUUCUUCUUCAACUACUGAAACUCGUCAUAAGUCUGCGUCCAUGUCACCCCGGCGCAGUAUGACAACCAUUCGGCAUUCAGAUGCUUCUGGUAAUCGGUUCAGUGGAGCUCUCCGUCGAACUGACUCACUCUCGUCGUCCAAUCCUCCGUCGAGGCAUGCAUCUCUACGAUCUGGCACUCCAGUUGGCAACUCAGGUUAUCCCAACUCUGCAAACAGCUGGCGGUUCUCUGGCUCGCAGAUGGCUUUCGUGCCGCACUUCAGCCAGUUCCAGAACAAUCCUGACUACGAACAUGAGCAGAUGGAGAACGACCCCUUCUAUGUUGGCUCCCCAGGUGGCGGAACUCUGUUCCACCCUGUUGGCUCACCAAGCAACGCAUCUAAUAACCACAUGCCACCAAGCCCAAUGCAACGUUCAAGUCUCUCCCUCAAGGCCCCUCUACCAUCGGCACUGAAGGGAGGGAACUCACAACGCAAGGGUCACCGUCGUCAAAACUGUGUUCGAAUUUCUAUUCACCCGCCCAUGACAUUUGGGUCAUCGACAUUCUCUGAGACCGUGGAAGAAGAGCCCGAGGACUUCGACAAGAUGGAGGAGCUGGAUCUCCGAGAAAGUACAAUUAAUAGCCCGGCGAAGCCCUUGCCCUCAUUGCCGCCAUCUUCAAUGUCGUCUCCUGGUGGUUCACGACGCAGCAAGUACGGCAGCAGACGAGGCAAGCCAGCACUUGGCUCCCUUGGACCCCUGGCUGAGGAGCCGCAGCUUACAGGUAUCAAGACCAAUGCCGACAACAGUCCUCAUAACAAGAGAAGACAUGACCCACCCUUGUCCACUGGAAACAAGCACCUGGGUCAGCACGACCGCUCUCUUCCCGACAUAUUCACCUCCAUCUCCCCUUCUGACGGCGUUUGCCUAUCCCACACCCCCUCUCCUGAACGAGUACCACCGAUUUGGGAAGUUCCCGAAGUUCCUUCGCCGUCAUACGAGAACUCCUCCCCAGGCACCGGAAGCCCUCGACGCUCCGCGGUCAAGGGACCACGGCACCAACCUCAGUCUCGCAUCACAGCAGCCCGUAGUCAAUCUACACGUGUAUCAUCAAGGUCUUCUGAUCACAUGGCACCAAGUCCUCUCGAAUCACCCAGCCGUCUACCUCUUGUCAUGAGUAUCACCGGUACAGAGGGCAGCGACUGGCGCCGAUCCACAGAGUCCCUGCAGCGAACACGAACCGACGCAACGGACCGUACAUACCGCCGAAAUCGUGAUUCAACGGACAGCAUGGAGUCUGGACUAGGGCCAAUUGGUGGUUCCUCGCCAUUGUAUGGUACACGCCGGCAAUCCAUAGUCCAGGACCGUGUUCAUAUCUUCGAGGACGCCAACCGCACCGAGUCGCCGUACAAAUCACCGUUCAAAUCGUCUGAUGUCCAGCCCAUUGGGACUCUCACCACCCCGGAAUCCUCUCCGACCCGGGACAAGAACAGCAUUCCCCGUUCUAUGCCCAGUAAUCUACCUUACCCGUCUGGAGUAUCUGGUCAACGCGUACCACCUACCCCUACUUCUGCUCGUCGGGGUAUGACUACCCCGACGGGCAAGGGUCUUGGUCUUGGUUUUGGAACUGCUACUCCAGCCAGUCUGUAUGAUGGUGACGGGUUCUUGCGUGAAUAA